AUGGUCGAAGAAUAUCAAAGUAAUUUAUCAUAUGAAAAGUAUUAUAAUGAAUGUUCACCAUUAUCAUGUCAGUAUUCAAAUAUGAUAAGUCAUGAUGCAACUGAAGCAAUAAUAUCUCUUAUAUCUCUUUAUGGUGGAUUAUUUAUUAUUACUAAUUGUUUAGCUGUAAUUAUUGUUAAAAUAUAUCAACGUCUAAUCCGUCGAAUCACUCCAGAAGGUACUGAACAAAAUACAUAA